AUGGUAUUUAAGAAAUUUCAGGUAGCCUACAGUAUAUGUGAAAUAAAUUAAACUAACUUUAUUUAUACGUACAGCAUGUAACAUCAGUUCUAUAAGCUGUUCUUCCUGGGUGUACAGUAUAUAUUUAACGUCUGCCCGCGAGAGAAACAUUUAAUUUUGUUCUCCCGAGAGUUUCAAUCUUUCCAGAGACAAUUCGAUGGAAUCUUGAAUUCGAAGAAAACAAACUACUUUAUUUCCCGCGAUGCCGAGAGAACAGCCAUUAAAUAGUUUGUUUUAUAGCGACGAAAAAAAUAAGAUAAGUCAGUAAACAACAUUCACAAAACAAUAAUUUAUCAAUAAAACCCGUAAACGUUUGGAUCCAUGCACUUUCAGCAUUUAUGUAUACGUACAGCCGGUCGGAGCGGCCAACAACUCUUCACUCGCCCGUCGUGCCAUAUUUCAUUUAUUUAAAUCCACGUAACAAAUUAGCCAAUCACGUUUAGUAUAAGCAUUAGCUACAGUAUAUUGAUAAUUAAUGUAUGUUUAAUUUCACAGGCAAUCCUGGGUGGAAGUAUUUCUGUUAUCGGUACUGGUGCAGCUCCCAUUGAGGCGAAAGUUUUAACGUUUUUGAGAGUUGUUUUGGGAUGUUGGGUAUGUUUUACCCUUGUUUUCGGUGUUUGUUGCGUAUUUUAUGUGACAACAUCAACUAAAUUUUAAUUAUAAUAUGGCGUAACGUGACGAGAGCGGAUUGUCAGUAAGCGACGCCAUUGUCAUUCUCAGACACCUUUAAAUAAUAAUCCAGGAGCUUUUAAUUGAAUGUAAACAUAAACGUUUUACAGCUUUUUCGAUAUUUAUAUUUGAACCGAGUCUUUGUUUUAUAUUUAUUGCACUUAAAUACUUAGUUGUAUAUCACAUUUGUUCUUAACAGAUUCGCGAGGGCUACGGCCAAACGGAAUGUACCUGCCCUGGGACACUGACCAACAAGUUUGAUACCUCCUCAGGUAAUGUAUAGAAUCUUUUUCAAAUACCAUUUUUGCUACUGGCAACCAACAUUGUUACUGUUUGCUUCGUUUUUCAAAUAAUUCCAACCUGGCUUUUCCCCUUUUGGAGGAAGAAAUCCAUUGGAGCCCCUUACUCCACACCAAAGAAACGCGUGUAUUGAUUAAAUCAGGGCGCUUGGUGUCCGAAAGAAAUGCAAUAGCUAUGUUCCAGAUUUACACAGGAAUAAUUAGAGGGCGGUCAUUAUUAUUAGGAGGGCCUGUAAAAUUUCAUAUAAAAUAUGGCCCAAAAAUAGUUAACUUCUUUCAAAUAUAAGCAUAAAAAAUCUUGGCCCUCUGCACAACAUUAGCCCAAAAAUGUAUGACCCUCCUCUUAGAUAACUUCUUUCGACUUUCCCCGAUAUUUUUUAUGAUGGAAAUCAAUUGAACACAGGAGUUGUCGAAACAUUCACGAGAAUUGUAAAAUGCCAAUAAAUCAUCCAUUCCUGCAUUGCAGUAAAUCGAAGCGGUAUGCUCACGCGGGGCACACAACUAUCCAUGGUACUUUAAAUACUCUGUUGAAGUAGUUGGAGUUUUGAACCGUAACGUGUUAGAGAGGUUUUGGAAUGGCAUUUGGUAAUAAUAUAGCGCUAAGAGAUUUGAAAUUCCACCUGCCAUUAUUUAAUCUGCAGCUGCUUUUUUCCUGUUAAUUCUAACAGAUCUUGUGGUCUGGUAAAAAUUAGAAACGCCUCCAAUGCAUUUGGUAAUUUUAAUUACCUUCAUUUUUACUGAACAUGCUUUUUAUCCUCGUCAGUCGUCAGAAUAUCCGUGAUAUAUUAUCGCCAUCAUGACGACCCUAACGGCUGUAUUCUAAAAGUUCACUCACACUCAAAGAGUGGAGGUUCAAUCUGUGCUUCCCUUGAGUGUCAAUGCUGUUUUUGAAUAGCUGGAGGGAGAGUAGUCACAUGCAUAGUAAGGUACGACACUUACUAUCCAGCUAUUCAAAAAUAACUUUGACACUCAAGAGAAGCUUAGAUUGAACCUCCACUCUUUGAGUGUGAGCGUGAAUGAGCUUUUAGAAUGCAGGCUUAAGACUGGCCUAGUAAUAUCUACUGUAAUAUUGUUGUGGAUUGCAAUGGAGGAAUUGCAUCAAUUCUUUGUGAUGUCUUCAAACAUUCACUUUCAUGCAAUCUGGUCGAGUUCUUACAGAGUGGAAAUCAGGGUAUACAAGAUUUUACCACUUGCAAUUAAGAUCAUUAACUCACAUCGACACGGAUUUGUAUAUAUAAGGAACCAUUCUUGUGUUAGACAGCCUCUCUCAUAACUGCAUUAUUUAACUAUGGCGUCACGUUUUUGCCCAAGAGCCAAUGGGAAGCCAUUCAGCGAAUAACAAUACUAGAUUGCCCUUAUUACGUUUUCGUAGCGCUUUGCAUUGUGGUUAUAGUGGUAUCACUGACAAAGAUAGCGGCCUCGAAUGAAAAUAUUGAAUGUUUUCGCGAAUAUUUUGCUGUUGGCUAUCGCGCACCUGACCCUAGCUUUUUUUAAAAGUUCUUGCACGGGUCAGGACAAAAAAUAAGCCAUCUUGAAUAUCAGUGAUACGACUAUAACCACAAUGCAAAGCACUACGAAAACGUAAUAAGGGGAGUCAUCAAUUGCGAGCCAAGUUGCAAGAUGCAUGGAUGUUACACUGUGCAAUGCUUUAUUUAUGCGUUGCAGCGUUGUCGCAAUCGUUGCGGAAUGUAUAAUCCGUUUCUACCUUGUACAGCGCUUGCUGCAACAAACAUGUUGAGCUAGUAUUCCAAAGGUCGUAGGUUCGAUUCCCACCGUGCAUGGCCGGGCAUAUUUUUCAAGCUCGCCCGGUGUGGAUAUACACUCAGAGUAACAUCACAAACAUCAUGUUGAGAGACUUGAUGAUUUGCGAGGCAUACUACACCGUGCAAUGUUAACUUUUACCAAUUAACGUUUAAAAUUGUACUGUUACUGCAUGUGAUAUUAUGUUUUGGUUAGAUAGUCCGGGUGUCAACCGGGGAAAACUUUGAAAAGUUGGGGUCACAGGUAGUUGAGACUCAGGUAGUUUAGACAAUUCAUUGAGGCUAUUUUUACAGGAACCUGCAUCAAUUUGACUGGAGAGAAAAAUCCGAUUCCUAUAUGGAGGGAACCAAUACGAAGCGGAAAAUUUGGUUUUUCGGUCUCGCAGUGUCUGGAGUGUAGUAAGUUUUUUUCCGAAAAAUAUUUUUAAAUUUGUCUAUUUAACUUCUAUAUAAUUAAAAUUUUAAUAUGCACUGCAUGUGAGUGGAGAUGUUGUAGCUAGCUACUACUAAUGCUGUCCUUUAUAAUUAUAGCAAAGAUUUAAAAAGUAUAAAAGUAUUCAAUUUCUUACCAGUGAAUUAUACGACCAUAUUAAAACAUAUAGAGAUUGUUAAGAGUUUUAUAACCUAUAGUCCUAGGUAUAGCUUGAACUUAACUUACCUAUUUCAUAGCUAAUCCCUUUGUUAUGUAUUUAAUUUUAGUGGAAUUACCCAACAACGAGGCCAUUCUUGGUAUGUGUAUGCAGUAUAAUAUUUACUUUUUGGUGUUAUAAGCAACAUUUGUUUUGGUUGCUGAGACCUCACUUAAAAUGAAUGAGGCCUCAACACUAGUGGUAAAUACUGUAGGUUGAGCAUAUUACUUUAUUAUGCGAUUCAAGGCAAGAGUUGUGACCAAUUGUUUGGCAAAAACGCACCUGGCCAUGCAGCUGGGAUGAAAUAUUCUCGUAUAAACAUGUUAAAAUUCAACCCAAUUACCGUACUAUGUAAUCGUAGAUUGGCCUCUCUUAGUAAAUAUAAUUUACAUGUAAUAAAUUAUAUGCUGACAAUUGCAUUUUACAGACCAACUGUAUAAGAUGUACGGUAUUAUCAAUAUUCAAUAUCCUGCAUGUGACACAGUUACCUCAACUUUAACCUUCUAACACAACUUCUUUUACUUUAGAUGUUCUGGUUGAUGAUGGUAAUAUUUCAAUUAUUUAUUUCAAACACAAAUUAGGUCAUUCUGAAAAAGGUCAACACUUUUCACACAACCUUUGCAGGAAAUUAGUGAUGUCUGUUUAGAAAAUAAUAACAUCUACAGUAUACUCAUGACAAGAAAAUGUACCAACGGGGAGAAAAGGUUAAAUUUCAAUUAUAGUAAUUAUAUAUUAUUAUGUACAAUAUUAAGGUUAUUACGUUUGCAACAUUUUUCUAAUUAACUAUAGAUAUGGAUGAAGAAGAAGACGAGGUCCAGUGCUGUAGGUUUAGAACAUGAUAUGUUCAGUAUGAUUCAAUCACAUGAUUUCAUUUCAGUAAAUGAGCAACCACAACCACAACAUGGAAAUGGUAUGGUUCUUGAUAUACUUUUGUAUCUGUAUUGUGCAAUUUGAUCUAAUUAAUACUAUUUCAUUUCAGUAGAUGACCAACGACAUCCACAGCAUAGCAAUGCAUGGUUCUUUGUAAAGUUCAAUUAUACCUCUGUUGUGUAAUUAAAAGUUAUCAACAUCACUUCAUUUCAGUUAAUAAUGAACGACAGCCACAACAUGGUGACGGUAUAGUUCUUGAAAUAGUUUCAUACCAUUGGAGCCUGUUAUUCAAAGCACAAGCACUAACCCUGGGUAAAAAUUUAACACAUUGUUUUGGUUUGUGAUAUUAGAACUGCACAUCUGUUUAUUUCAGAACUUUGGAAUAUUAAACUUCUGAUGAUCUAGACAAGAUUUCUGAAACAAAUAUUUCAAUGUUUAUAUAAAGAAGCUGCUGGGAAGUUUGCUUUGAAUUUUAUGUCAGGCCAACCUGCUUUUGAAUAACUGGCCGCAACUGUGUAUCUGCAGUGCAUCAAACAUAUUCCAGUUUUAAGGUUGGGAUCAGGUAUAUACAUGACUUCUUUUGUUUCUAUUUUUCUUCUUUAGAAAAUCAAGAAAGAGCAAGGACAAGAGGAAAUGUUUUAUUUGGUUAUAUAACUAGAAAUAUCUAUAUGCAGUACAUGUUUAAUAUCAAAUUGUGAACUACGAAAUUUUUGAG